AUGACUGAAAUUGAACAAGAUCAUGAUUACGAAUCUUUACCGGCAAAUUCUUCUUUGACUGCUAAUCUAAUCGCUGGUGCCCUAGCUGGUAUUGGUGAACAUACAAUUAUGUAUCCAGUAGAUAGUAUAAAGACUCGCAUGCAAAUUAUAAAUCCAACUCCACAAGCUGUCUACACAGGUGUUGCAAAUGCAUUUUCUCGUAUUUAUACAACAGAAGGCAUUC